AUGUCUGCCAUACAGACGGUGACGCCAUCGGUCCCUCUUAUCAUUGUUAUCACUCCUACAUACCGACGGCCUACACGUCUGGCCGAUAUGACAAGAAUAAACGUAAUAAUUUCUACGUCAGAGCGUGGGUGGUACCAGCGAACAACCGCCUUGCAAAUGUUGCGGAACAACACUAAAUCAGUGAUGGGGACCUACAAAGAGGGUGUCGUCUAUUUUGGUGAUGAUGAUAACUCAUAUGACACGCGGUUGUUCACUGACUAUAUACGACAUGUGAAAAAGCUUGGAAUGUGGGCAGUUGGGUUGGCCGGCGGAAGCCCAGUGGAAUCUCCUGAAGUUGUGAAUGGAACAGUCGUCGGAUAUAAAGUCAAAUGGGGUCCCAAACGGAAGUUCGCAGUUGACAUGGCAGGAUUUGCGAUUAAUCUCGACGCUGUGCUAAAUACAACAGCUGUUUUUGGGAAAUCUUGUCGCAGUGGGUUCGGAGCACCAGAACCAUGUUUUUUGGAAGAUAUGGGUUUCUCUCAAAACGACAUCGAACCCGUCUUCUUUCGGACUUGA